AUGACAGUCUACCUCCCUUUUAGGCUUUUCAGUGCAGAGAACCUUAAGGUGUGGAUACAGCAAAAACGCAGUGGCACAGACACAGUCAGUGGGAUAUUGUUAACCAUCAGUGGGAUGCUGCAUGUGAAGGAAGGAGAGAAGGAAGGCUGGCAGCAGGGAGGCAGGUCUGGGUGCAGAACCCCCCUCCCCCCAACUUCAUCCCCAGGGAAAGAAGACUCUGCAGCAGAGGAGAAAGAGGAUCCAGGGCUGCCUUUCCUUCCAGAACCAGGACACAUCAGUAUAGACGAAUUUGUUUCAAAUAAUUCCUGCCAUCAUUGGAUAUAUCUAAGCCAGAGCUGCUUGGAACAACUUUCCCUCUACAACAGCGUAACUAAGGACCGUAAGACAAUGUGGUUGAAUAAAGGCGUACAGUGUGCUGUGGAGACUGGUUUCAACUAUUCCAGCCGGCUUAAUUUCAAGAGCCGGGAAGAGCUGCAGAAGAACCUGCAGGAUCUCUGUACAAUAACAACUCCACUUUCAGGCAGCAUAUGUGAAAAUUCCUCCUCCUUUUCAGCCGCCCUCUUGGGAACUGUGUCCAUCUUUCUUACCUGUGGGGUCCUGCUGAGUUUCUUCUUUCUCAUCUUCACAAUUCACUUCAGAAAUAAUAGGAUAGUGAAGAUGUCCAGUCCCAACCUCAAUGUGGUGACUCUCCUGGGCAGUGGCUUGACUUACGGCAGCACUUGCCUUUUGGCAAUUGAAAAGCAGACUUCAAUCACCAAACACUCCAUGGAGAUGCUUUUUCAGGCACGACUCUGCCUAUUGUGUAUAGGCAGUUCCCUAGCUUUUGGUCCCAUCCUAGGAAAAAGCUGGCGGUUGUACAAAGUAUUCACUCAGCAGGUUCCAGAGAGGAGAGUGAUUAUCAAAGAUUUUCAACUGCUGGUGAUGGUAUCAGUGUUAGUACUGGUUGAUGUUAUCCUACUUUUGAUCUGGAUUCUCUUGGACCCAGUUCAGUGUCUCCAAGGCAUCAAUGUAGAGCUGCAGGUGACGGAGAAAGGCUUGGCUUGCACAAUGCACCAAGGGCACUUCUGUACCUCUCUGUACUCUGACUUUUGGCUCCUUCUCUUUCUGGGAUUCAAGUGUAGCCUGUUGAUAUAUGGAGCGUAUCUUGCUGGGCUAACAAAUGAUCUCAGUUGUCCGCCAGUCAAUCAGUCCCUGACCCUCAUCAUUGCAAUAGCUCUUAUUUUUCUCUCGACUGGACUUUUGCUGGUGGUGCAUCGUUUUUUCCACUUGUGGCACAAUCUGGUUUUUGGAUUUACCUCGGGAGGCAUCUUGGUUUGCACAUCUACAAUAAACUGCUUGAUCUUUAUUCCACAGAUUAGACAAUGGAAAGCUUUUGAAAAACAUAAAGAUGAUGCUAGCCACAUGGCCAAAUAUUUUACCAGCUCCAGUAAGAUCUUCCAGUCUACCAUGUACAGUGAUGAAGAGAUCUACCAGCUGCUGGGAGAGAAAAAAUCCAUGAUACAACAGCUUGCUGAGAAAAAUACAGCAAUUGCUUGUCUUCAAGAGGAAGUCAACAAUGCUAAGGAGAAGCUGAUGAGGCUUGUGGCUGUAGAGGAUGACAGUGUUGUUGAUUCUCCAUUUCCUUCUUUGCCACAAUUACUGAAGGCUCACUCUGCAACUAAUUGUUCUUCCAUGGGAGCUGAAAAUCAGCUGAGAGAUACUUUUUUACCUGGACAGGAGUUGAAGGCUUGGCAGUUUCCCUGGCUCUCAAACUCACAGUGCGGACCAGGAUUCUGUACUAAAAAAGAUUGCACUGAUUAUCACAAACCUACACCUCAACAGGUACCAUUAGACAUUACUGCUAGGUGCAGAUUAAUGAAUGAUUACAAGAAGACUGGCGAUGAUUUCAGUCCUAAAGAUGACGAAGACCAGCGGCUCUGCCACUGCACCAACACAUUUUGUAUAGAUGCUAUUCAAGAAUCAUCCAGACUCUCAACUCCAACUGAGGAAGCAAAGCAAGGGAGGUCUGCACCUGCACUUUUGAAUCAGCUCCCAGAAAUCACCCAUGGAAGAAGCAAAAAUCUUCAAGGAACCUUACAAGAUCUGAGCAUGAACUAUAUUACCGGUACCCAAAUGUCUUCCAGGGUAUCUAAUGAAAGUGUGGAGUGUGACAUGAACAUAAAAUGUCAACCACACGAUAUUCAGGCAGACAUCAUGAAACUUAGUCCUUAUGAGACAAGACAGGGGGAGAAAUGUCCCAUUCCCCUCAAGAGUUUGCAUACUGUGGACAAAACAACCAGCAGAAUGCAAACAGGUGACAUAGGUUCAUCUCAUGCAGUGGUAAGUGACAACAAGGAUGGGAUACCACUAAAGAUGGGAUACCCCCAAGUAUACUUGCAUCAUCUGCCUUCUUUGUCAGCAUCAGUGGGUAAGAAAACGCUUCAGGACAAUGCUAAAACUCUACUUUAUCUGGGCAGCAUCAGGAACCUGCAUCAGUAUCAUCAGAAGGAUUUUUUGAUGCACACAUUACAAGGCCCUGGCUCUGAUGCCAGCAGUAGCUCCUCUGGAGCUGAUCCUCUCGACUUCCAUCACAGACACUGCUGCGAAUUUUGCCACUGCAAACUGUCUUCCUCUAGCGACAGCUACAUCACGGAUACAGACUUGGAACUUGGUAUGGCCCAAGGCUCUUUUGUAAAAUGUUCUGACAAGUCUCAGCCUAUUGUGAAUUUCAAUGAGGAUUUGGAGCCCACCUAUGUGUAAAAGGUAGGACUGAACACAACCACUUCCUGCAUAGGCAGGAAUGGCAGUCUAGGUGGAUAAUAAUGGAAAAACCCUUCACAAUUAAAAUGUGGAGACAAACUUGCUUGGUUCAGCUAUCUGAGAAGUGGGUUGUUUUCUGGAACAGGGAAAAACGGAGACGGGAUCACAGAUUUUAUGAAAGUUUUGUGACUUAAUGCAUCCCUCUCACUCACAAAGUGCAUUGCAUUGCAUCUCUCCCAUGAAUUCAGCGGAUUUAUCACAAGGGCAAAAAUCUAUGUGGUCCUUCUUCCAGGUUUAACAGAAAUGGGGUAAAAAGUCUGUAGUACACUGGUUUCUAUGGUACUUGCAGGACAUUUAUAACAUUUGCAUUUUUGUCAUAAUAAAAACAAUUGUAUUCUUGUUGGGAAGAUGGAAAGCAUGUUUAUAGGGGAAAGAGUGAAUAAUUCUAGCAGAUUGUUCUGUUGUGAAGUGUAUAGUGAUUAUGUGUAAUACCAACACCAAAAUGACAUUGGAUUUUGCAAGACUGACCUUAUCUGUGAUAAGCAAAAUAUUACUAAAGAUGCAUU